UUCAUUAUUAUUAGAUUGAACGUUUUUCUUUUUUUGUCGCCAUUUCCGUUUGUAUUCAUUACGCUUUUCUUUAUUAUUCUGUUGAUAUAUUUUCAUUUUUUGCAAUUCCGUCUCCCUAUUUUUUUGGUAGUAACUCUUCUGAUGUUGAAUUCUUUCGCUUCUAUUCCUUUUAUAGUAAUUUUUCUUAGUUUCAUUUAUCUUUUCCUUAUUGUGUUCUCGGUAUUUCCGUUGACGUUCAAGCAACCUGUCUUUAUUUUUCUCAUAAUAAUUUCGCUUAUUUUCAUUCAACCUUUCUUUAUUUUUUAGGUAAUAUUCUUUAUGAUAUUCACUUU